UCAUUUUUCACAGUUUGCUUGUCGGGGAUCAUGGAGUAUUUAAUCGGAAUUCAGGGGCCGGACUUUGUGCUCGUGGCUGCCGAUAAUGUGGCUGCUAGCAGCAUCAUUCAGAUGAAGCACGACUACGACAAGAUGUUCAAACUGAGUGAGAAGAUUCUGCUGCUGUGUGUGGGAGAGGCUGGAGACACGGUCCAGUUUGCAGAGUACAUCCAGAAGAACGUCCAGCUCUACAAAAUGAGGAACGGUUACGAGCUCAGUCCAGCAGCAGCAGCGAACUUCACAAGGAAGAACCUGGCAGACUACCUGCGGAGCCGG